UCAUGAGGAAUAAAGAAUAGUGUAUGUUUAAUUGGUUCUUCAAUUCAUGACUUGAAAACUAAGAGAGGUAGAUAGUUACGUGCCUGGCAUGCAAAGCUAACUAAAAAGAAAAAAAAGACUUCUUCUUCAUCAUCAAUUUCCUUACAACAGAAACAAUCUUCUUCAUUUUUACACUAAUUCAACCUACAUAAAUAUUUUUGAUGUUUUUUUUUGGAUGCUGUUCCUUGUUUGAUUGAUUGUUCAUCCGAAUUUGUCCUACUUCUUUCCCUUGAUUCUGCUUUACAUUCCAGGUCCAAAAAUCGCGUUUAUGACCCUAACACUUUGGGCGAAUUUGGACAAGUACUUGCCAAACGAAAAGAGCAAAACUAGAUAAAAACUGAUCUGAUUUCAAUCAAGCUUUGUAAGUACAUCAAAACAGUGCAUACAGAGCAGAGUUGAAGGCCAUCAGAAUGGCAUCCCUAAUACCUGGGGUGCUACUCAAGCUACUUCAGAGCAUAGAUUCGAAAGUAAAAGUUCGAGGGGAGUAUCGAUCAGUCCUCUUACAAGUGAUCAGCAUUGUUCCGGCCUUAAGUGGAGGAGAGUUAUGGCCUGAUCACGGCUUCUUUCUUAAGGUUUCCGACUCUUCACACUCCACGUACGUGUCCUUGUCCAAGGAAGAUGUCGAGCUCAUCCUGAACAACAAAUUGCAAUUAGGCCAAUUUUUUUAUGUUGAUCGCUUAGAGGCUGGUACUCCGGUCCCUACUGUAGUCGGAAUCAGGCCUCUCCCUGGCAGAAAUCCUUUUAUUGGAAAUCCUAAGGACCUGAUGCAGAUUUUAGACCCGUCAGAAGGUCCUGUUCGUGUUGAUUCUCGUAGCUUUAGCAAUGGAAAUAUGGCUAGCAAGACACCAGAGAAGAAGGUUAGGAGCUCGAGCCUACAUAAGUUUGUGAUUAAAGAAGAGAAGUCUGUGGUUUCAUCGCGUUAUAUGGAGGGCGUGAUAUCAACUCAUCAUAGAAUUAGUAGCAGUGAUUCUAUCAGUAUGAAGAGCAGUGAUACUGAAAGUAUUGGAGGUGGUAAGACUGUGGUCUCGAAAUCUAAGCUACAUGAGCCUAAAGGUCAGUGGCAGAGUCUCCCUGCUACUCCUUGUAAUAGUCGACCAGUCACUCCCUCACGAGCUCGUCCCACGACACCUUCCCGUCUACGUCCUGCAGUUCCCUCUCAUCCUCGUCCAAUGACUCCUACUCGGACACGUCCAGAGACUCUUGAAGUGAAGGUUGAUUCUGCUAGACAGACCUCACAGUCUCAAUCUCUUAAGGUUGCCCCUAGAAAAAGCGUUACCAAACAAGAAAAGGUCAAUUUAAAUUACUCGACGAAUGGAAAGGACAAGACUCAAACUUCAGACCAGCAGACAUCCCCCUGGAAUGCUCUUCCUGCCAGCCUUUUGAAGCCAGGAAAGGUCAUGCUUAGGAGAAAAGACUUAGCAUCCAUAAUUGCAGCAGAAGCUCAGAAAGAAGCGACAGCAGCUGCAAUUCUUGUCAAGUGUAUAGACAUGUUUGCUGAUCUAUGUUCCUCUGCUUCACCUUCAAAUCCUCACGUAUCCCUUGAAAAGUUCUUCGCGCUACAACAAGUAAUUGAUCAACCAGGCUCUUCAAAGGAUAAACUCCUGAUAUUACAAAACAAUUCGCCAUCACAGGGAAAUGAUAAGCCUAGCACAGCACCAUCAUUUUCCCAUAAUGAGAAAAACAACAUGAAAUCAUUAAAGCCGGCACCUGAAUUAAGCUUGAGUGAUAAGUUCGAAUGGUCUAAAGGGCACGGAAUGAGUGACAUAAAUGAGGCUAAAGACAUGUUACUGAAAGAAUCGCGAUCAUGGUUCUUGAAGUUCUUGGAUGCAGCACUAGAUAGUGGUUUUCGAGUGGAGAAGAAAAACAUUAAACAUAGCAUUGGGAGGAGAUCAUUAGAACCUAAUAAUCAUAUUGCAGUGACAUUGUCACAACUUAAGCAAGCCAAUGAAUGGUUGGACAAAUUGAAAGGAAGCACGAGUAAUGCUGCACAUAAUGAUGAUGGUGUUUCAGAAAGAAUUGAUAAGCUUAAGAAGAAAGUUUACGCGUGCUUGCUUGUACAUAUAGACUCUGCUGCAUCAGCACUCGACAACAGAUCAGAUCGUAAAUGACUCUAAUACAAGAUCAAGAUUUGUAAAUUACACUAGUUUUGGUAAUUUGUUUCAUUUAAUUUAUCUAAUUUAUGAUAUUAAUUUAUGCUAAA